AUGGAUAACUCCGCGCCACAGGCUGAAGUGAUGUCUAUCGCUUCCCCCAUCAACCUGAUCCUAGUCUCCCUUUUCGGAGUCUUGGUGUACUGGCACUUCCGCCCCAAGGCGCCAAUCACUCUCCCCAGCGCUCCGCCGCCAACCGUCUUCAAGACCUAUACCCCCAAAAGUCUUAUUGAGUUCAACGGCGAGGAAGGCCGCCCCGUUUACCUAUCCGUCCGUGGCCGUGUCUUCGAUGUCACCCCUGGCAGGAACUUCUAUGGGCCUGGUGGACCUUACGAGAACUUCGCUGGCCGGGACGCCUCGCGCGGCUUGGCUUUCCAGAGCUUCGAUGAGGAGAUGCUGACCAAGGACCUAUCGGCACCGUUGGAUGACCUGAAGGAUUUGGAUGCGGAGCAGCUGGAGAACCUACAGUCGUGGGAAGACCGCUUCUUGGAGAAGUACCUGGUUGUUGGAAAGUUGGUCGCCGAGGGCGAUCCUGAAGCGCCCAAAUCGUGA